GUUUGUUAUACAGGGCAGUGUACCAGCCUGAUGACCUUGAAGCUCGGUCCAACAUGCACCUGGCCUCCACCAUGGCAGGUGUUGUGGGGUUCGGUAACGCAGGGGUCCACCUGUGCCAUGGCCUCUCUUAUCCUAUCUCUGGCAAUUGUAAGACCUUUCAGCCUAAGGACUACAGCAAAGACCAUCCCAUUAUCCCUCACGGACUAUCAGUAGUCAUGUCUGCUCCAGCAGUGUUCAAAUUCACUGGAACUGCUUGUCCAGAGCGUCAUCUUGAGGCUGCAGAGAUUCUAGGUGCUGACAUCUCCAAUGCCAACAGGGCUGAUGCAGGUGCCAUCCUGGCAGACACUGUGCGAGGCUACAUGCAGGUGAUGAAGGUGGAAAAUGGUCUCACAGAGCUAGGGUACUCCAAGUCUGACAUUCCUGGACUAGUCAAGGGAACCCUGCCUCAGCAUCGCAUAACAAAGCUAGCACCCAGAGAACAGAGUGAAGAAGACUUGGCUCAGCUCUUUGAAAAUUCUUUCUCGGUCUACUAACCAAGAUUAAGUGUUAAGUCCAUUGUCAGUGCCAUAUGGAAUCUCAUGUCCACUUUUCAAAUAUCGGUUGUGGUUCAUGUGCCUUAUUCUCUCAUCAUGUAUUUUACAUAAGCAGUGCCUGUAUCUUUAAUCUAUAACCUUUUGAACCCAUUUUGAACAUUUGACGUUAUAUUUAACGAAUAAAAAGUUGAAGGCUAUGCUACAACGCCUUCCAAAAUAAUAUAAUAUUUGCCUAAAACUCAUGUUGUACUUGAGAUUUUUUAGAAUUAAAAUUAGGAGUUUCAGAUUAUAUUGUUGAUGCAGUAGAUUAAGUGAUAUAGAGGACUUUAUGGUCCUAACUUUUCAUUUCAAGAAAACCCUUUUAAGUUUCAUUUCAAUUUGGGUAUAAUAUUGUAUCAGGGUUUAUGAUUUAUUAUUACAAAUGUAUUUAUAUGUUGAAAAUAUUAUUGAUAACAUAUAUAGCUAUUUUCCGUAUAGCUUAUAUACGGAUAUAGCUAUUUUCUCUUGAUUCUGGUACCAAUAUUAUUUUUAAAGAAUUUUAAAAUAACUUUAAAAAUAAUAAUCAAUUAUGUCAUAAAUUAAGUAUUUUAAACACAUUUGUAAAAGAAUCCUGUUUUCUAUCAAGUAUCAAAUGAAGUCGUUUUUAGUCUCACUGCAACUUGCUCACAUGCAACCUCUCCCAUAACAUAGAUUUUACAUGAGUUUGUAAAAUAUUUGUAGUAUAUUUUUUAUAGAAAUACAUCUAAUAGUUGACUACAUUAGUAUACUUGAGAGAAUUAUUAAACACAACUAUUCAUAGGUUUUUAAAAGAUAUCCUUUAACACAUUGACUACAACAGAUGCCUUAUGGUGCGCACAAUCAGAUUAGCAUUUUUACUCAGUUUAGGGCUGCAGUGAAGGUGUUAAAACAGGUGACUGUAUUUAUAGUUAUAAGUAUAAAAAAUAUAGGUUUAAACAGUUUGCCAUUGCAUUACCUCUUUUUCCAUAUGUUUUGUGAUUCAUUGCUUGUUAGUUUAUAAUAAUUCUGUUUCCAAAAUUAGAUUUACUAUUAAAUUUGUAUGUAACUUUGAAUCGUUGUCUGUUUAACCACAGCCAAUGAUGGCAGAUCACAUCAUUUUUGGUACAUUAACCGAGUUUUGUAGUAUUAUAUUUAGUUUCACAGUUCCAUUAUUAAUAAUGAUAAACUUUAUAAAUCGUAUAAUUUCUAAUUUUUAUUAUUUAGAACUACUUUUUGACAGAAAAGAUCCAGUUGGAUGGAUAGUCAAAAUAUAAAUAAUGACUCCAUUAUUACAAUGGGCAAUAGUAACAUGUUAGUGAAAACUAAUAAACUGGUCGGACUCGCGUUUUGGAAAAAACUAAAACCCAUUUGAAGAAUCAUUUAAAAACCAAACUUCAUUCACUUGUGUACAAAUUUGAAAUCAAGACAAAUUUUUAAAAUGAUAAAGCUAUAUAUUUUGUUUUUGCUUAUUCAUAGUUGCAUGUAAAAUAGGAAUUGGAAUUGAACUCAGAAUCGUAAUCAUAAUUUGUAUUGAUAUUGGAAUAAAAUAUUUGUUCUAUUGAACCAAUUGCUAUUUAUUUGGUCAUGUAAUAAUUCAGUGAAUUUUUAAGAUUCAUGGUGAUUAGUAAAUUUUCCGUUGUUUUGCUAAAUUAACUAGUGCCUUCAAUUUUUUAAAUAUAUUAUAUAGAGAGGAUUUCAGCCAUCUACAUUUUUGGCUGAUUUGACAAUUAUUCAUAACAUUCGUCAAAGUUUUAUGAGUUUACAGACUGCAGUGCCAAAUGGUUAUACUUAUGAGUAUGAAUUCUUAAAAAUGUUUAUCAUAUGUUUAAAUAACAGUAUAUUGUAUUCAAAUUCAAUUGAUUUUAAUAUUUGUUAAAUUGUAAGUUACAGAUACAGGAAUAUUUCAUUUCUCACAGAACGAUACAACCUUAUUGUGACACAACUAGACUACAUAGAUUAAGGUGAGGUUAACACACUAUAUGUGUUAUGUUGACUGAAGUGAUAUCAGAUAUAGCAAAAAGUAGAGAAGGAAAUAAACUCCUGUGAAAUAUUCAACUCCUAAAUGUUUGUACUACGGGCCUAUUAUACUGAAUAAUUUAAAUUUGUAUUCUUGCCAAACCAAACAUAGUAACAGUAUAAAAAUGUCACGAUCAAGUUUUUUUUUAUAUCUGAGGUGUUUUUAGAUAGGCUAUACUGCUACUCUAUUCUGUGAACUAUCAUUCGGUUCAAAUUAUAAUACUGAGUUAUUAUAUUUUUAUAUGGGCUAUAAUUAAUUGAGCUUUAUUAAUAUGUAAAUAAUAUAUAAGUUACAGCUUCAUAACUGUAAUUACUAUUAAAGUGCAGUUUACUUUUAUUUUUUUAUACACUAACCAAUAUAGAAUUUAUUUCAACAUCAUUAUUUGAAUGUAGUACAAUUAUUGUCUCGUUACAAAAUGCAAACUAAGAAUGUGUAAUCUUAUGUAACCAACAUUUAGGCCAUCUUUUUUGUUACACGAUAUAAGUUAGUAUAUGAUUUUAAUUUUUAUCGAUAUAUAUUUACAAAGUUUUAUACUAUCUGCUAGAUUCAUUAUUUUUUAAUAUUUAACAAGUUCUAGUUGAAGUUUCAUAAAUAACGAAUCGAUUUUUUGCAUUGAAAUUAAAGCUUGAACACUCUUCCAUUACAAUAAUGUAUUGUAACGGAACACUACCAAUUUUUGAUAACAAUGGAGUUUAUGAAACACAGUUUGCUGGGAUUUUUACAAUUAAAUAACUUGCUUUAAUAUUAUUAACAUCUUUAAUUGCUAUUGAGCUUAUACUAUUAUUCUUGAGUAAUACCUAAAUAAGACACCUUCCUUUGUCCGCAAUACUGUCUUUUUCAUCAAGGUGUAUGUAUGAAGUAGAUGUUUUGUUGUAGGUCACUAAAAGAUAAAAAUUGUCUGAAUCGGUUUUGAUAGCAAUGACUGAUAGAUUAAGAAAUUUGUGUUGUUUUAUAUAAUAUGUUUCCUUUUUAUAUACAAAAGUGUGUUAUUUUUUAAUGCUAUUGUUUUAUAUAUAUUGAUAACUGUUACCUGAUUCUAUGUUACAUAAUUUUAUUCCUUGAUAACUUACAUAGGCUGGAUAUGUAUUUUAUUGUUAAUUGUGUUAAGCUGUUACAUUUAUACAAUGAAAAGGCUACUGUUUAUAACUGUAAAAGUCUAUAGUUUAAGUUGUUAAAAAUAAAUAUUAUUUAAAAGGCUA